GAAAGAAAAGAAAAGAAAAGCAAUAAAGAAAGCCAAGAAAAAAAAAAAAAUAAAGACAAAAGGUUCUCAAAACUCCAUGAUUAUUCAAAUUCUCUCAAAAACAGUACCAAGCAGUGGUAGUAGUGUUCCCCCUACUUAAUCCACCCACACUCUGAAACUCCUUGGAUUGGAACAACAUCUUCCUCUUUUCUUCUGUAGAGAUCGUGGAAACUAAGAAAGGCAUGAAUAGAGGUGUGUUGCAAAGCUCACCGGUGCAACAAAUGAUGGCCGGAAACCCUAAUAAUUGGUGGAACAUCACCACCACUCCUCCUCCGCCACCGCCUCCUUCUCAGCCUUCUUCUCCGUUCUUCUCCGCUCCUUCCAACUUUCUAACUCCGUAUAACACCUCUUCUUCUCUUCCUCUUCCUUCUUGGCACGAUAACAAUCAAGACCUACCCGAGUCAUGGAGCCAGCUACUCAUGAGUGGAAUGGUGUCUGAAGAAGAGAAAGGGGCCAUGUGCCAGGUUCAGCAACAAAUGCUGAAUCAGGCUUCAAGGGCUUCUAUUGUUGAUGUUAAGCAAGAAGGGUCGGUGAACAGCUACGUGUACGGUCAUGGAAACGAAGAGUUUCACCCCGCAAAACCAACUUGGCCUCAAAUAGUGCCUGCUUCUUCCCCCAAAUCAUGUGUAACAAGUUUCAGCAGCAGCAUGUUAGAUUUCUCUAACAACAACACAGAUGCUAGGCCUCUUCCUCCAGACCCAUCAUCAGAGUGUAAUAGCACUGCAGCUGGUGGGGCAUUCAAGAAAGCUAGGGUUCAACCGCCCACAACGCAGUCGACCUUCAAGGUUAGGAAGGAGAAAUUAGGUGACAGAAUUACAGCCCUUCAUCAACUGGUUUCCCCGUUUGGAAAGACUGACACGGCUUCUGUCUUAUUAGAAGCUAUCGGGUAUAUCAGAUUCCUUCAGAGUCAAAUUGAGGCCCUUAGCUUACCAUACUUGGGUAAUGGAUCAGGAAACAUGAGGCAGCAACAAUCUGUAAGAAAUAAUACCAACCCAUUUCUGGUUCAAGGAGAGAAGAAUUGUAUAUUCCCUGAAGACCCCGGUCAGUUGCUGAACGAAAACUGUUUGAAGAGGAAAGCAACAACUAGUGAGCAGGAAUCUGAAGAAGAGGCGAAGAAGGACUUAAGGAGUAGAGGUUUGUGUCUGGUUCCAGUGUCAUGCACGCUGCAAGUUGGAAGUGACAAUGGAGCUGAUUAUUGGGCACCAGCUUUUGGAGGAGGAUUUCGGUAGAUGAAGCUAAUUUAUUAUUGGGUUAAGUAGCAUAAAUUAAUAUAUAUAUGUUGCAGCACUGAGAGAAACCAAUUCAUGGAGAUUGUAUAACAUCAUUAGCAGUCAAUCUGCUGCAAAACCUAAGGCUGAUUGCUCAUGAUGCUAUACAACAUUCCUGAAUAAAAUUUGUGCUGUGAAUCGAGUAGUAUAUAUAUUUGCAACUCCUUGUUAAGACUCUAAAUUCAUAAAAAUCGACCUUUUGUUUAUUCAACCAGCUUAAUUAAGGUGUAUAACGUUAGAUGAUUGUAUAUAUGCAGUAGUAACUGUAUGAUUAUUUUCAUUGCUACUUCUGUAGCAGUAAUAAAAAAGAACAUAAAGCUAUUACUAAUGCA